UCCUACCGGAUCCUUACCCGUUUUCUCUCCAAAUUUCAACAACCCCACACCGGAUCCUCUUUUAUCUUUUCUUUUCUUCACCGAGUCCAAAAUCUAAACCUUCCCGGAUCCUCUGAUCGGGCUCUGUGGAGCUCAAAAAGCAAAGCUUAUCCAAGAAUCCAUACUCUGGCUCUUAAACCUAUGCAAUGGAAGUAUCAAAUGAAUCAGCUAUUAAGAAACCAAAGAGGUUGACGUCUGUCGUAUGGAAUCACUUCCAAAGGAUUAGGAAGGCAGAUGUAUGCUAUGCUGUUUGUGUGCAUUGUGACAAGAAACUCAGUGGGUCAAGUAAUAGUGGGACUACGCAUCUGAGAAAUCACUUAAUGAGAUGUCUUAAGAGAUCUAAUUAUGAUGUGUCGCAACUACUUGCAGCAAAGAAAAAGAAGAAGGAUACUUCCCUUAGCAUUGCAAAUGUCAAUGCCAACUAUGAUGAAACACAAAGAAAAGAUGAAUAUAUUAAGCCCACAAUUAUAAAGUUCGAUCAUGAACCGAGAAAAGAUGAAAUUAUUAGCCUUGGAAGUUGUAGGUUUGAUCAAGAACAGAGUCGUCUGGAUCUUGCCCGAAUGAUCAUAUUGCAUGGUUACCCGUUAACCAUGGUUGAGCAUGUUGGAUUCAAAAUAUUUGUGAAGAAUCUUCAGCCUUUGUUUGAGUUUGUGCCAAAUAGCUCCAUUGAAGUCUCUUGUAUUGAGAUUUAUAUGAAAGAGAAACAGAAAGUGUAUGAGAUGAUAAAUAGAUUGCAUGGCAGAAUUAACCUUGCUGUUGAAAUGUGGUCUUCUCCAGAAAAUGCUGAAUACUUGUGUUUGAUAGCGCACUAUAUUGAUGAGGACUGGAAAUUACAACAGAAAAUUCUAAAUUUUGUGACUUUGGAUUCUUCUCAUACUGAAGAUAUGCUUUCAGAAGUGAUUAUAAAUUGUCUCAUGGAAUGGGAUGUUGAAUGCAAGUUAUUUGCCAUGACAUUUGAUGAUUGUUUUGCUGAUGAUGAUAUUGUGCUCAGAAUUAAGGAUCGGAUCUCACAAAACAGGCCCCUUUUGAGUAAUGGUCAAUUAUUUGAUGUUCGCUCUGCUGCGCAUGUUCUAAAUUUGAUUGUUCAAGAUGCCAUGGAAACAAUCCGAGAGGUGACUGAAAAGGUCCGAGGAAGUGUUCGAUAUGUUAAAAGUUCGCAGGUAAUACAAGGAAAGUUCAAUGAAAUUGCAGAGCAAAUUGGAAUCAGUAGUCAGAAGAAUUUGGUUCUUGAUUUGCCAACUCGGUGGAACUCAACAUACUUCAUGCUCGAAACAGUCAUAGGAUACAAGAGUGCAUUUUGUUUCUUGCAAGAGCGUGAUCCAGCCUAUACCUCAGCUUUAACUGAUACAGAGUGGGAAUGGGCCAGUUCCAUCACUGGUUAUUUGAAACUCUUUGUUGAAAUUACCAACAUCUUUUCUGCGGAUAAAUGUCCAACAGCGAACAUAUAUUUUCCUGAAAUUUGUGAUGUUCACAUCCAGUUAAUUGAAUGGUGUAAGAACCCAGAUGAUUUUCUUAGUUCCAUGGCAUCGAAGAUGAAAGCCAAGUUUGAUAGAUAUUGGAGCAAGUGCAGUUUGGCUUUGGCAGUAGCAGCCAUCUUAGAUCCUCGAUUCAAGAUGAAAUUGGUGGAGUAUUAUUAUUCCCAGAUCUAUGGUAGUACUGCCCUGGAUCGAAUCAAGGAAGUUUCUGAUGGCAUUAAGGAGCUUUUUAAUGCAUACUCCAUCUGCUCAACAUUGGUCGAUCAAGGUUCAACUUUACCUGGCAGCAGUUUACCUAGCACUAGUACUGAUAGUAGGGAUAGAUUAAAGGGUUUUGACAAGUUCCUCCAUGAAUCUUCUCAAGGUCAGAGUGCAAUAUCUGAUUUGGACAAAUACUUGGAAGAACCGGUCUUUCCUCGCAAUUGUGAUUUCAACAUAUUAAAUUGGUGGAAAGUCCACACACCUAGGUACCCUAUCUUGUCUAUGAUGGCACGAGACAUUCUGGGGACUCCCAUGUCAACUAUUGCGCCAGAGUUGGCUUUUGGUGUUGGAGGUAGGGUGCUUGAUAGUUAUCGCAGUUCCCUGAAUCCAGACACUCGACAGGCUCUGAUAUGCACGCGGGAUUGGUUGCAGGUGGAAUCAGAAGAUCACAAUCCAUCUUCUGCUCUAGCGCUUUAUGUUGAAGCGAAUUAGUCUGUUCAUGUCUUGUCGUGCAAGGUUGACGGGGAGCUAUCUUGAAGUUAUGUGCUGUAUGAUGGUACCUGAUUGUUUCCUACACAUAGGCCUCCAGAGUUUGGUGUAGCAUAGUUAAAGUUUAUUCUCUAUGUUCAUAUUGCAGUGUGACUAAAUUGCUAUUUAGGUACAGUUGCUUCAUCAAGAAGCUGAAAUGUACAUUUUGAGGAUAGCGACUAAAACCUUUGUGUUCUAGAUUUAAGGACAUGCAUUGGCAUGGUUAGCGUAUCCACCGCUUGAAUUUGAAGAAUUUGAGCCUCUAUUGGGCAGAUCUCUUAUUAUAACUAGAUGAAACGGAAAUUUAGUGGAUGGUGUUGAUAUAUAGUAUUUUCCAACUUUCAUUUUCACAAA